AUGGCUGAAGAGAAGGGCAUGGGCGUGAAGGACGUCGUGCUGGACAUGACCAAGGACAAGAAGUGUGGCGAAACGUUAGCCGACGCAAGUCCCCAGCCUGUUCCUAGCGAUGGACUGGUCAAGUGGCUGGGCAACGGUGGCGGAGGCUUCACCCACGUCGGUCCGUGUGAGGUCUACAUCGACGACAAGAUGGUCGUACAUGGCGACAACUGUGAGGACGAGUUCCAGGGCGGAGGCGUUGGAUCAACUUUGGACAACCCCGUGGACUACUCGUCUUGCAACGGGAAAUGCACCUUGACCAUCUCUGGCUGGCGUUCCAGAAUGAGCAAUGGCAGGCUUACAGGAAACGGCUCGUCGACCAGCCCGCAGGCGGUGGACUCCUCCACUGGCGAACAGCAGAUGCAAUCGCUCAAACUUCGAAGGAUGACUACCAGGCGACCUACGUAG